AUGAGGCAUACCAAGUCGACAAAACGGAGAAUCUGGGAGGUUGAAGAAGGGUGGGAGAGUCCGUCGAAAAGGCAGGAACCAGACGCCAACACGAGCCUCAGGCCGCCACUUUUCCCCUCUUCAGAAACGAGCCCAAGCCCAAGUGACCCCUCUUACUGUCACUCUCACUCACAUUCCCCUUUGCCAUCUCCCUUCAUCUUCGAUACCUUUGAUAAUUAUGUUGGCCAAACUCAUAAUGCCGGGGGACCGCUUCCUCCAAUCAAUUCGACCAGUGGCGACGAGAUGCAUUGGGACAGCACCGUGGGGGAAACCAGGACAGAGCCCGACAUCGUUUGCUUCGGCAUGUUAUGCGACGUUAAGGCGCGGUUAAAAGACGACGUGCAGAUACUCGAGGGUACAUUCGGUAUCACCCACAAUUCCUCAGAGACCUUGUGGCGCCUCUCGAUGAUCGAGAAAGACAACCAUAUCGCCCUCCAGCAUACUGCUGGGAAGGACUUUGCCGUACUAAACUCAAAAAUCACCCGAUUGAUGCACGCCUUAUCCCACCUUGAUAAGCUCCAAUACGAAGUGCUGGUCUCGGGGAAUGAGCUGUCGGAAGCCAUAUCUACAUGGGCAUGUCGAGGAAAGACGGAUGAUUUCCACGUAAACAUUGUUGUUUAUGGGCUGCAGGUGUAUCGUGAUGAGAUAGGAUUUGUUUUGUCCUCAUCCGACUGGUACCUACAAGUGCCCUGGCAGAUUCCUGCUGGCAUUCCUUAUGAUAAUCCCCAGUUCUGGGAUCUUGGGCAGUCGGUGGAGCCACCGCAGACGCAGUGCGAUCUAGCUGUUAACCCCAAGGCAAGCGCCAUGACAGAAGCCGCUAUCAUUCUCAAUAGCCUCGAUCAAACAUCUUUCCUAUCUCCCGCGGUGAUUGACGACAGAAUUACGCAGUCCCUUUUAAGCCACCAACAAACUGGUGUCAAUUUCAUUGCCCAACGAGAGGGCUGGCAACCUUCGAGUUUCUUCUCAUUGUGGGACUCUCGUAGCAGAGCUGAUAUGGAUUUUUAUGAACACAAGAUUACCGGCACUCGAAGCUCAACAAAACCUCAGGAGACAGUAGGAGGUAUUCUCGCAGAUGAGAUGGGGCUGGGAAAGACUCUAACGCUUUUAUCUGCGAUUGUUGGAAGCCUCAGUUCUUCACAGUCAUGGACAGCCACGGAGCCUGCGGCCCUCGGCUUACAGCGUUCUAUGACCAGGGUAGGAGCAACACUGGUCAUUGUCCCGUCUGUAUUGAUCAUGGAGCAAUGGUGUCAGGAGAUCAGAAGGCAUGUACCUGGCCUAUUUGCGUGGUUGAAAAGGCUAACGCAUCAUAGACACGUUUGUACUUCCUCGCUCCAGGUGAUGAAGUACCACGGGUCAACGAGAGCAAAGGAUGGUCAAAGCUUCAGCCAUUAUGACCUUGUGUUAUCGACAUAUGGGACAGUUUCUAGGGAGUUCGCGAGUGGAAAUAGUCAGCUUUAUGAGGCUCAGUGGUUUCGACUUGUUCUUGAUGAAGCCCAUAAUAUUCGUGACCAAAGUACCAGACAGUUCCGAGCAAUGUCUUCGUUGCCCGCAAAAUUCAGGUGGUGCCUAACCGGUACGCCCAUCCAGAACUCGUUAGAAGACCUUGGCAGCUUGAUCCGAUUUCUGCGAAUACCUCAUCUCGAUACUACCAAGUUCCGCGAGCAUAUCUUGAGACCGGCCGAGAAAGGUCAAGAGAUAGGGUUCGCCAAUCUCCGGACUUUACUACGGUCGAUUUGCCUACGGCGGACGAAGGAAGUCCUGCACUUCGCCGAGCCAAGCAAAGUUUUGCGCGAAAUCACCCUGACUCCUGACGAGAAGUGCGCGUAUUCUCGUAUCGUUGAAGACACCAACAUGGAAGUUGAGAAAGCAGUAUGUGAAGGCCGGCAUCAAGACGCGCGUCGCCAGGUAUUCAAGGUAAUCCUCAAACUCCGACGGCUUUGUGCCUAUGGCACAUUUUAUCGGCCGCAGGAGGCUUCCAAUUCCCAGGAAGAAUUAUUCGCACUUCUACAGCAAUCCAAUACAGCAAAUUGCACGACAUGCUCAUGCGACGUCGCUUCCAUCGAUGAUUCUAGCCAUCCGGCAUUUGGCGCGUUCACUCAAUGUCUUCAUCUACUAUGCGCUGAUUGUAACGCCCGGUAUAACGAGGACAUGAAACAAGCAGACGUCUUGACGUCGAAUAAGAAGCGCAGAACCAAGUUCAUUUGCCCAAUCUGCGGGCAAAAUGUCACGGCCAAAGGUGGAAAAGGAGGCGACCCUGCAACCCAACCUAACGACAUGGACAUAGAUAUGAUCGACAAUGGCUAUUCCGCCAAGCUGUCUUGCCUUUUGGACGACAUUAGCCAACACUAUGUGAAUGAUAAAAUGUGA